AUGAAUUUACUCUUGAAGCGUCAUAAUGGCGCGUUCAUAGAUCGGAUAACUGUGCCGGACGACGCUUCAGUUGAGGAUUUAAAGAGCAUUUUCUGCGAAAAAUCAAACGGACCCCGAUUGGUCGGCAAUAAGCUGACAGACUGUGGCGUCAAGGAUGAUACAUCGCUAUAUUUUAAAGAUUUGGGAGUUCAAAUUUCCUGGAGACUGGUGUUUUUUAUCGAGUACCUCGGACCGCUGAUUAUAACUCCGUUGCUCUACUAUUUUCCCUCUGUAUUUUACAGCCAAGAGUCAAAGGGAAGGAUUUUUACUCAACAACUUGCCUUUGUCAUGCUCAUGUUCCAUUUUAUCAAGCGGGAAUUUGAGACGCUAUUUUUGCACAAGUUUUCGAAAAACACAAUGCCUAUAAUGAAUCUAUUCAAGAAUUGCUUCCACUACUGGAUCCUAUGUGGAUUGGGAAUUGGAUACUAUUUGUUCCAUCCCUUGUACACUCCCAUAAUGUUUUUAAAUUCAAAGUAUGAAAAGAUGGUGCUUUUCGUACUAUUUUUUGUCUUCCAGUUCAUGAUGUUCAUGACGCACUUGACCCUUCGCAGACUACGACCUGCAGGUACAACGGAACGGGGAAUUCCCAUGAAUUGGGGGUUUCAGUUUGUAUCCUGCGCAAACUACUUGUGGGAGUUGAUGGUAUGGAUUUGCUUUGCUUUAUUUGUAAAUACGGUGACUGCUUAUUUCUUUGUCGUAGUGGUUACCUUUAUCUUGUGUCAAUGGGCUAAAAAGAGACACAAUAGGUAUCUUGUAGAGUUUCCAAAUUACUCUAAAACGAGGAUGGCACUUAUACCAUUUAUAUAUUAA